UCUUACAACUGGCUGGAUACUGCCAUAGCUCUAGUUCUCUCCGCUCACUCACCCGCGCCCACUGCGUGCGUGUAUAUAAGGCGGGCAGGCGGCCAUCCCCUUCCCCAAAUCAUCACAAGCUAGACACUUGCAUCUGCGGAAGAUCGAUCAGUAGCUGACCAAACCAAUCAAGCCUCGCUCCAACACGAGCAUUUCCCGAGUUUCUGUCUCUCCUUGACAGCUAGCACAGCAGCAAGCAAUGAAGCAAAAGAUUGUCAUCCAGUUGAGCAUAUCAUGCGACAAGAGCCGGUCCAAAGCCCUGACGCUGGCCGCCAGAGCAGCCGGGGUGACAUCCAUGGGGAUAACCGGCGACGCCAGGGACCAGCUGGAGGCCGUCGGCGACGGCGUCGACCCUGUGUGCCUCGUCAGCUGCCUCCGAAAGAAGCUCGGCCACGCCCAAAUCAUCAAGGUGGAGGAAGUGAAGAAGCCGGAGGAGAAGAAGAAGGAUGAGCCGAAGCCGGCGCCGGCCGUGGCGGUGCACCCGCCGCCGUACUACUACCCACCCAGCUACUACUACCACCAGUACCAGCCGGCGCACAUGGUCGUCUGCGACGAACAGCCCAGCAACUGCCGGACCAUGUAACUGCCAAAGAUCCAUUCUGACGUCACAAAAACCAUAGCUAGCCCUCAGACCGCUGCACGACACAAAGGAAACAACACGAGUCGACCACAUCCAUGACAAAUGGGUGGCACAUUCACGAAUAAAAAUGCCGGAUCCUCCACAA